CGAACUUAAAAGCUCAAGUGUUAUGUUAAAUUCAUUUAUUCUUUCAUAUAAAUAGUCACGUCUAUAUCUCUUGCGGGGUAGACAGAGGUAGCAGUCUUGAAAGACUGACAGGCCAUCUUCGGGAUAAUCCUUGGUGUUUUCAUUUUUAAAAUAAGAUGGCAGCGCUGUCUAGUGAGACACCCGGAUCCGGAAGUGACGAGUACAUGGCCGGCGUGAGACUUGUUGUUCUUAACUUACCUGAAGAUGAAGGCGAGGGCCUCGGCUUCAGACUUACGAGGACCCUUUGGGAUCCCUAUCCAUGGGUGCGGGAAGUGACGCCGGGCGCCCGAGCCGACUCGGCAGGCCUGAAGACGGGUGACUGUCUCCUGCAGGCUGAUGGAAGGGACUUGCUUGGAUUACCGGUUGGCCAAGUGGCCGGGUUGAUACGAGGCGACGGCGCCGGGAGGGGGGUGUCUCUCCUGGUGUGGAACUGCGGCGUGGACCCGAGGGAUGAUCCGGAACUGCUGUGGAGCUGCGGCGGCGGCGCGCGCGGCGAGCGCUCGCGGCGCGCGCUGGCGGGCGCGGUGCGCGCGCUGGCGUGCUGCGUGUGCGCCGCCACCGCCGCGCGCCCGCUCGUCUGCGCGCGCUCGCACUUGUAUUGCGAAGCGUGCUGGUCGAGGCUAGAAAAGUGUGCACUGUGCCGGGAGACCUUGCCUGCUAAAGAUUCUCCUUAUGCGAGGAACUUGGUUGCAGAACAGGUGUUUGAAGCCAUAGCAACAGAGUACGAAUUAAAGGACACGUUCAAAAGACCGACCGAGACAGUAUCAGCGUAUAACACACCGAACAGGUCGCCAAAUAUGUCCCCAGCUGCCCACCGCAAAGGGCAGUACCGCCUGUCAUCAAUGACCAGGAAAAAGGUCCAAUUCAAUGAGAAACUCGGACAAAGCUACGGCUCAGACCCGAAUUUACUGCGCACAUCCGAAAAAAGAACUACCAAUUUAGUAGAAAACAAUGCUGGCAACUCCAGCUGUCAGUGUGACAGCGGUUUGAACGUUCCGAAGAUAAAUGUGACGGAGUGUGGAAGCGGGAAAGGCGGGUGUUGUCAGAAUUUGCAACACAAAUUGGUGACUCGUUUAAGACCCGCGUGCUCGCUCGCUGAUUUGCAGAACGUCGCCCUCCAACCCUGUCACUUGUCUAAGUCACUGAACAGCUUGGGUGAUUGCAAAACAGGGUGCCUACACACCGGAUCGCUGGAUAACUUGAAAAAUAGCAGUUCUCAAAAUAUCGGAGAUCACCCGGUCUUUGUGGUGUCCCCGCCGCCUAUUUAUGUGUUGUCCUGCGAUCAUACUCAAACCAAGUGAUUGUUUUU